CUGUGGCUGCCAGGGAUUGUUGGUUCCGGGGCGAGGUGAACGUCCGCGGACCAAAGGGUGGGUGCCUGCCCUGAGGGUCUGGCCUGAGAUGCGCACCUAGGAGGUUCCUUUUAGCAGGCAAAAGGUGACGCUGCAGGUCGGCUCAUCAGGGUGCAGUUUCCCCUCAACUGGGGUCCGGGAUCCUAGAUCACUGCUUGUCUGGGCGUCCUCGGCACAUCCGGAAUACACUGCACAUGCGCCAGGCGGUAGCCAGUUGCGGAGACGGGGGCUCCUGGCAAGCAAAGACUUGGUUUCAGUUAGUGAAGACUCCGUGCAGUCCUGACGGCGCCCAGCUUCUCCCUCUGCUGCCGUGGCCCGUUUCUUUAAUUCGCGAUCAUUUGAGUGCUGUUCCGGGUGUCCACGUGCCUUGAGCCCACUUGCCCCGCCGCCAUGUUGAAGCCGGCGCCCUUCUCCAAGGUGCAAAGAACAGUGAUUAUCAUACACUGGGAGAAAAGGCAAAGGAAAUGCUUUUUGUUUUAGGUUGGGCACCUAAACAGAAACUGCAGUUUCAGUAUGAAGAAGGGAAGAGGAAGAACAAGCCGCAUGAGAAGACGAAAACUCUUCAGAAGUUCUGAAUCAAGAGGAGUGAAUGAGAGCUACAAGCCUGAAUUUAUAGAGCUUAAGAAGUGGCUCAAGGAGAGGAAGUUUGAAGACACAAACUUGGUACCUGCUUGUUUCCCAGGUACGGGAAGAGGGCUGAUGAGCAGAAGGUCCCUGCAGGAGGGACAGGUGAUUCUGUCGUUGCCCGAGAGCUGCCUGCUCACCACGGACACAGUGAUUAGGAGCUACUUAGGGGCGUACGUCGCUAAGUGGCAGCCUCCUCCCUCUCCUCUGCUGGCUCUGUGUACCUUCCUAGUCGCAGAAAAGCACGCGGGGGGCCGGUCCCCCUGGAAGCCUUACCUGGAGAUUUUACCGAAGGCCUACACCUGCCCUGUUUGUUUGGAGCCGGAGGUGGUGGACCUCCUCCCCAGCCCCUUGAAAGCGAAGGCCCAGGAACAGAGAGCCCGCGUGCAGGAGUUGUUUACGUCCUCCAGAGGCUUCUUCUCCUCCCUGCAGCCUCUGUUCUCCGAGGCCGUGGAGAGCAUCUUCUGCUACAGCGCCUUCCUGUGGGCCUGGGGCACCGUCAACACCAGGGCAGUGUACCUGGCGCGUGGGCGGAGGAGCUGCUUCUCCGCAGAGCCAGACACCUGUGCACUGGCCCCCUACCUGGAUCUGCUGAAUCACAGCCCCGCCGUCCAGGUAAACGCAGCAUUUAACGAGGAGACUCGCUGUUACGAGAUCCGAACGGGCUCACGCUGGAGGCCACGUGAAGAGGUGCUCAUCUGCUACGGCCCCCAUGACAACCAGCGGCUGCUCCUGGAGUACGGCUUCGUGCCCGCCCGCAACCCCCACGCCUGCGUGCAUGUCACCCAAGAUGUGCUUGUUAAGUAUCUUCCGGCGGCAGACAAGCAGGUGGACAGAAAGAUCUCCAUUUUAAAGGAUCACGACUUCACAGAAAAUCUGACGUUUGGAUGGGAUGGACCAUCUUGGAGGUUACUCACCGCUCUUAAGCUGCUGUGUCUGCAAGCUGAAGAAUUUCCAUGCUGGAAAAAAGUACUUCUUGGAGAAAGAGUUUCAGAUACAAAUGAAAAGACAAGUCUGCACAUAGCCCAGAAAAUAUGCCGUCAUUUCAUAGAGGAGACGAACGCUGUGCUUCAGAAGGUUUCCCUGAUGAAAGCUAGAGGAACGGCUUUGGCAGCCCAGCUCACGUUGGUUGAAACCCUGAGGAUGGAGGAGCUCAAGGUUCUGCGGGCGUGUGCUGAGGCCCCACACCGCCCACACGCAGCUCCGACGUAGCUCCCCAGUGCCUGCAGCUCCCCAGUGCGUGCGCUCGGCUCCUGCGGGAGUGUGGCUUCUUGAUCAUUUUUACCUAGAGGCUUGUUUUUUACAGAAUCGUGCACACUCAGAGUCUGGUUUCUAUUAAACGUGGAUAUGCUCAC